AUGAAGUUGACAUCACUUGAUAUCCAUAGGGACAUUUCAAGUGCUAUUUCAACUGAAAUUAUCAAUACAAUCAUCAGGGAUAUUGGUGAUUCAUUAUUUGCCAUUCUUGUUGAUAAAUCAUGUGACAUGUCUUCAAAGGAGUACAUGGAAAUUGUGCUAUGUUAUGUGGAUAAAGAUACUAAAUCUUCCUCACUCAAGUUAGCCGUUGAUGAUUUCUUUUCGAGACAUGGAUUAAUCAUCUCUAGAUUGCGAGGGCAAGGUUAUGAUGGCGCAAGUAAUAUGAGAGUGAAUGUUGUGGGUGCAUCCGCUAAGCGCCGUGAUAUGUUGAGAGAAAAGCAUGCUGAUGCAAUUUUUGAAGCACUCAAUAAUAAUGAGCUCUUAAAUGUGCUUAAGAUUGUAAGAACAUAUGGAUCAGGUUACGAACAAAAAUUUGAAGCAAAGCUUCGAGAGUUAAAUGACCGGUUCAAUGAGAAGAAUACUGAAUUACUUUGUAUGGCAUGCUUAAGUCCAAGUAAUUCAUUCUCUGCUUUUGAUAAAGCAAAGUUGAUGCGACUUGCCCAAUUUUAUCCAAGUGAUUUUCCUGAGCAUGACAUCAAAUUACUUGAGAAUUACAUUUGGGACAUGAGCUCUAACAAUAAAUUUACAGAAUUGAAAGGGAUUACUGAUCUUGCACAAAAGAUGGUUGAGACAAAAAAAGGAUCAGAUCUACCCUUUAGUGUACUUGCUUCUGACACUAGCGUUAAUCCUACCUGUUGCGACCGCAAGUGUAGAACGAGUGUUUUCUACUAUGAAUAUUGUGAAGAAUCGGUUACGCAAUUGAAUGGGGGAUUUGUGGAUGAAUGA